UAACAGGAAGUGGAUCCUAACUGCCGUCAUUUCCUUUUGAUAGCAACAGAAAUGUCGGUGCGUAGGGCCACGUUUUGAAGAAGGGUAUAGUAUAGUAAGGGUAUAUUAGUUAUGCGGAAUCUAUUUUAAAGCGGCCGUGGGAGACUUUAUUUUCCGCCUAGUUGUGAAAAAUUGUCGUAACAGACGCAGAGUUUGUUCGGUGGGCUGACUUAAAACUACUCCCGAUCCCGACCCGCCAAAAGCCGCAGAGGUUGAGCGAGGAAGUGACCAUUUUGUUUGUUAUUUUUGUCCAGAAAGGGAGAAGAUGAGUGGUGGAUUUAACUUCGGCCAGUCUUCGGGCUUCUCACUCCCACCUCAGAAGACCACCGCCGCGGCGGCUCCCGCUGCAGGUUUCAGUUUGACAAACUCGGCUCCUCCACCCUCAGGAGGCGGCUUCAGCUUCGGGGCUUCCAACCAGACCACCACCAACCCAACCGGCUCCUUCAGCUUCAGCAACCCGGCGAAGAGCUCCGCAGCCGGUACUGGUUUCUCCUUUGGGAACCCUUCCACCACGUUUGGCCUGGGUACGACCCCUCAAACCACAGCGGCUCCAGCGCCGACUUUUGGCUCCAUUUUGACUCGACCUGCGGGCUCGGGGUUCACCCUGGGCGGGGGAUUGCCCUCGCAGACCACCGCUGCAGCUCCUGCAGGAGGAGGCUUCACCUUCGGAGGUGCCUCUCAGGCCCCAGCUGCAUUAUCAGCUGCAACUGCACCUGCAGCUACACCUGCAGCUACAACAGCAGCAGGCGGCGUGCCCUUUGGGGGUUUUAGUUUUGGGGCCACUAAAGUCCAGGUGACCACAGCUGCAGCACCUACUGCUCCUACUGCAGCAGCACCAACAGGAGGAGGAGGGUUCAGCUUCGGUACCACUACACCCUCUACCUCUACACCUGCAACAACCCAGAGUGGAGGAUUCAGCUUUGGGAUCAAACCUUCAUCAACCCCAGCACCUCCUGCAUACACCCAGGCUGCCUCUUCAGCUCCUUCAGGCCCAUCUCUGUUUGCUUCCCCCGUCGCCACAGCUGCCACCAUCCCUACAGCAACCACAGGGUUCAUGCUGGGAUCAACCCCAGCUUCAAUAGCAAGCAACACAACACCUUCAGCAGCAGGAGGGGGUCUAAACUUCACCCUCAAGCCCCUCGGGUCAGUUGCUACCACUGCUGCGGCUGCCCCCACCGCCACACCUGCAGCCACCACGGCAGGCACUCUUGUGGGCUUCAGCCUGGGACCCAAACCAUUGUCCAGCACUGCCAUGACAGCCACUACAACGGCCGCCACCCUCACCACCACCACAGCUCCUCCAGUGAUGACCUACGCCCAGCUGGAGAGCCUCAUAAACAAGUGGAGCCUGGAGCUGGAGGACCAGGAGAGACAUUUCCUGCAGCAGGCGACUCAGGUGAACGCCUGGGACCGCAUGUUGGUGGAGAACGGAGAGAAGAUCACGUCUCUGCACAAGGAGCUGGAGAAGGUGAAGCUGGACCAGAGGAGGCUGAACCAGGAGCUGGACUUCAUCCUGUCGCAGCAGAAGGAGCUGGAGGACCUGCUCUGCCCACUCGAAGAGUCGGUAAAGGAGCAGAGCGGGACCAUCUACAUGCAGAACGCCGACGAGGAGCGCGAGAGGACGUACAAGCUGGCCGAGAACGUGGACGCGCAGCUGAAGAGGAUGUCGCAGGACCUGAAGGAGAUCAUUGAGCACCUGAACACAUCCAGUGGCCCGGCAGACACCAGCGAUCCGCUUCAACAGAUUUGUAAAAUCCUAAACGCCCAUAUGGAUUCUCUGCAGUGGAUCGACCAGAACUCUGUUCUCCUACAGAGGAGGGUGGAGGAAGUGUCCAAACUGUGCGACACACAGCGCAAGGAGCAGGAGAAAACCUUUCGCUUAACCUUUGACUGAAAUAAAUACAUCUGAAUGUGCAUAUCUGGGAAUUCCUUAUUUCUCUUUCAGCUCUUCAUUCACUUUAGUUGCUGAUUAGCCCUGGUCCUGCAGCUUUGUUGAAUAAAUAUCAAUAUUUUUGAAUCCAUGAGCUUUAUAAACAUGUGAAAUCUUCUGGAUAUGAAGAAAAUGUUUGUAAUAAAUGUCUUUUGAAUUAAAACAUGAAUAAAAUGGAUAUUUCUCAAGCA